UUGGUUGUCUUCUGUGUAGGCACAGGAUAUUUCAGAACUAGCCAUGUGCUAUCCCUCAUAAUGCCAUUCUAGAAUGUCUUGGGCAUAUUCUGAAGUCACGUUCUGAAGGUGAGAGGUCCUGUGUUGAGCACCUUUAAUGCCGCUUCCGUGAGAUUUCUUAUGACGCGGUCUUUUGCCUUCUGGGAGAUUCAAAUUUUCAUCACUCCUCCAAAACUAUCCUUUGGCAUGGAUAGUGAUCUUUGGUCGGCUUUGAUGUAAAGCAGAGUUGUUGAGAUAAGUUGUGGGGCAUAGCCACCUGCCCCCUUGAUAUGUUAGGCUUCAUGACUACACACCACUGGCAUUGAUGGUGUUAUGACCUUCGGGUAGUCAUGACUAACUUUUCUCAUUGAUGUUAGUCAUGACUAAUUGAAGGUCCCAUGAAUUCCACCCAAUUUAUCAUCUUCUAACCGAGGGUAAUAUGUGAAGGAGAGCUGGUUCUGGGGUAGGAAGCAUGAAUUGUCCCAUUUACUAAGCAGGGUCUGCCCUGGUUUGCAUUUGCAUGGGUGACUGCGUGUGAACACUCUCUGCUGUAAGAUAUUCCCCUUAAGGGAUGGGGCCAUAGCUUAGAGGUAGAGCACCUGCUUGCAUGCAGAAGGUCCCAGGUUCAGUCCUUGGCAGCAUCUCCAGAUAAGGAAACGACUCCUGCCUAAAACCUUGGAGAGCUGCUGCCAGUCUGUGUGGAUGAAAAUCUUUUGUUAAUUUUUGCACGUGAUAUUGUCCGUUAUACAAUUGACCUGUGCUGGAGCGGAUUAACUGUGUAGCUAGAUAGGAACAUAGGAAGCUGCCUUAUACGGAGUCAGACCCUUGGUCCACCUAGUUCAGUAUUGCCUGCACUGACUGGCAGCAGCUCUCCAGAGUUUCAGGCAGGAGUCUCUCUCAGUCCUAUUUGCAGAUGCUGCCAGGGGUUGAACCUGGGACCUUCUGCAUACAAAGCAGAUGCUCUUCCCCUGAGCUAUGGCCCCACCCCCAAGAUAUCCACAUUAACUGCAAACCUCUUUGCAAAUAUUCUUCUGCAACAGUGACACUUGUUCUUAAUUUGGUUUUGGGCCACAGUUGUGCGAGAUAUUGGACCGAUUCUGCGUUCACACACACUCUUCUUAAAAAAAUUCAGUUGAUCUCCUAGAUAUCUGAUUGUAUCUGUCUUGAUUCAACUGGAGUGUAAUUACUUUGAUUCGGAUAUAGUUUUAGGAGAACGAAGUUUUAACUUGUACUUGUUAAAACAAAGAAAUGCCUAUUAAAGUGUGCCUCCAUUUUUAUGGUCUGGUAGAAGAAAAUCAUUGUGUGUUAAUACGGCAAGGAAGACGUAACUUGAAUUACCAGCUUCUAACUUUAAAAAUUGGUGUUGCAAAUGAAUGUGUUUUUCUCGUCAUAAAGAGUUUCCCAAGGAAUAAACUCUUUGUUGAAUUAAAGCUUUCUAGGCUGUGUAAAAAUGCAUUGCCGCUUACGGGGUACCAAGUCAUACCUUUUUAAAGUCGCAUAGGACUGGGGAUUUAAUUGGAGGCCUGUUCACUGUAGCGGUGACUACAACAAAUCUUUAUAUACCACGAAAGUUCUCAAAGUGAAAGAUAAGUAAUACAUAAGACGCUUCUCUGUCUCAAAAGGGAUUGCUUUGCUUAUUUCUCACAUUUUUAGACUGUUCCACAUAGAGUUUCUGGGCGGUUUACAAAUUACAACACAACAACACUUAACAUCUUAAAUCAUAAAAAACACAUUAGAGUAUCCAUCAGUGAAAAUUUAAAGCAUUAUAAAACUCAGAGCCUGAUAAAAGAGGUGUGUUUUCAGAAGUCUUUUAAAAACAGCCAGAGAGGAGAGCUGGUCUUGUGGUAGCCAGCAUGACUUGUCCCCUUAGCUAAGCAGGGUCCACCCUGGUUGCAUAUGAAUGGGAGACUAGAAGUGUGAGCACUGGAAGAGAUUCCCCCUCAGGGGAUGGAGCCACUCUGGGAAGAGCAUCUAGAUCCCAAGUUCCCUCCCUGGCAGCAUCUCCAAGAUCGGGCUGAGAGAGAUUCCUGCCUGCAACCUUGGAGAAGUCGCUGCAAGUCUGCCACCCUCUUCCUUAGCUUCUCACGGUCGCUCUACUCUCCUGUUCACGUGUAAAGCACUGAAGCACUAUAAAUCAGAAGUAUGGCUCGGCAAGUAGUUCGCUUCUCUUUCUUCACUGGAAGAUCCUGCAAGGCAUGUGACAUACAGAGCAGCAGUUUGCGUUGGACUAAAGCCAGGGAGAGCUGGGUUCAAAUUCUUUCUCUACCGUGAAGCAGGGAUGUGCAAAGUAAUUCGACCAAAUAGAUUCGACCCGAAUCUGCUUGCACAGGAUGGGAUUCGUUCGAAUCAUUUUGAAUUUACCUGAACUUGAAUCAAAUUUGAUUUGAAUUCAAUUUGAAUUUGUCUGCAUUCGAAUCGGUUCAGAUGAAUCCCAUUCUGUGCAAGAAGAUUGGAGGCAGGCAUAGUCUUUGCACAUCCCUACUAUGAAGCUCACUGAGUGACGUUGGGCGGUUUUUCUCUCCCACAAAUACCCCUCUUCGUCUGGUUAGGAGAAUCAAGGUUCUGGGGAAACAAUGUGUCACUGUGAGCUGCUGGCAGGGAGUGCUCAAGUGAAAACCAAUACAUAAAUAAUAGAUCAGGGGUAUUUUUUUUUAAAAGAUAUUAAUCUCCAUGUAUCUAACAGUUAGUGUGUUAGUUCUCUCAUUCAUUCAGGAAGUUUCUUCUUUCAUCUUGGAUCUCUACUGAGCCCUGAAUGUGGCUGAGUGGCCACUUUGAACUAUGAUCUUCAGGAGACAUAAAUAUCUGGGCGACAGACAGAUUUCCUGGGUCAAGCAAAACUGAAGUUUGUCAUGGCCAUGCACAGGAUGAUUGGGAGGAAAAAAUGUAUAUUGGCGUUGGUUGGCUUGCUGCUUCUUUCAGCCGGAUUGGUCUUGCCUUGUCCUCAGGUGUGCCAGCUCUGCUCUGUGUACGCAACGGAAUGUGAGCAGAUCUCGUCCCUCCCAGCAGUUUUGGCCACUUUGCCAAGUUACACAGAGAAGAUAGUCCUGCAGCACGGAAACCUCAGCGAGAUCCCCCCUCUGUCCUUCCGGAAAUUCCACAACCUCCAUUUCUUGUCCCUCAACGGCUUCCUCAUCACCUCCCUGUCGGACCUUGCCUUUUCCACCUUCCCCCUCAACAGCCUGAGAAGCCUGGAUCUCAGCAACAACCAGUUGCUCAGCUGCAUGAUUCACCCCAUGGCUUUCUCGGGUCUGCUGUUCCUCAGCAAGUUGACUCUAACCAACAACAGUCUAGACAUCUUGAGGAGAUCGUGGUUCUCUGAGAUGCCAGUGCUCACCAAGCUGUUCCUCUCGGCCAACAAAAUCCUGUACCUCCCUCCCAGAAUGUUUGAAAACUUAACCAAGCUGAAUGAGUUGGUGGUCUCUUCCAAUCUUAUCCAGUAUCUGCCCAUGGACACUUUUUAUGGGCUGCCCUCGCUGACCAAGUUGGACUUAUCCAGCAACAAAAUCUUGUUCGUCAACCGUGAGGUCUUCCAGCCGUUGAGGGCACUCAAGUAUCUCUUGCUGUUUCAGAAUCGGUUGACCAUUCUUCCCAGCCUUCCAGGGUCUGUGGCCUUCUUAUUCCUCCACGGAAACCCCUGGGAAUGCAGCUGCCAGAUGGCGAUGUCCAUGGAGACGCUGUCGGCGAAAAUCCAGACUCCUGACGGGGUGGUUUGCGACAGACCCCCCAGCCUUGCUGGACGCCAGGUGACGAGCGCCAGGCCUGACGGCUGCUCUCCUCCGUCGUCGUCGUCACCUUCGUCUUCGAUGGCAAACGCUCCGCCACCUAAAGUGAUGUACUUCACCUUGCUUUAUGGCGUCAUAGGUGGAGUCUUCAUCGGCUUGAUCGUGUGUCUGAUUUGCUGCUGUUGUGUACCAAAAUGCAUGAACGGCAUACGCAGCAAGAGUCGGAAGAAGGACAAGCCGAGCUUUGUGAGUGAGUGGACCGGAGCGUUCUCGGGAGAAAUGAGGCCUGCCAGUACAGACUCUCAGAUCCUUUACAGCUUUCCGGUGGUUGAGAAUUCCGCCUUGGCUUUUGAAGCGGGCAGCGUCCCAAGAGAGACCAGCGCGGGCCACUUCGGCUCCAGGAUCUACAAGGCCGAGCAGGCGAGAGCCACAGCCCAGAGGCCGCUGGUUGCCCUGUUGUCGGUGGACAAGACCACGGGCAAAGCCUUUGUGCGUCUCUGUGAGAGAGGAGACGAGAGGUGGUACGCCACCCUGGACCAGCCACGCUCCCAAAUACAGGAAGAAAGUACCCAGAGGUUGGGUGUAGUCUCUGGGGGUGCUGGUGCCUAUGGUAUGCCGGAGCAAAGUUUUGCCAGAGGAGAGCAUUGCUUCUGUGGUUGUCGAGAAGCAACCUCAGAUCCGGUGAAAAGGAUGCCGUGUGUCCUGGGAAAGUGUCUUGACACCUCCUUAGCUGGGCAGAGAAGACCUCCAGCUAGGCUUCACAGUGUUCAGCUGCCCCAAACGUUGGUCCACAUCGAUAUUCCCGAUGGAAGAGCGAUCAAGAUUAAGAGAGACGGGGCCUUGGUUUGUGACAGCUCAUCCAGCAGGAGCGGUUUCCACGUCGGCGCCUCCCACGGCCGGCCGAGGCACAGGCUGCCGUCCGGAAACCCAGCUCUUCGCGACGAGGCCCGGUUUUCGUCUUCUAGAUGCGUAUCGGAGACCAGACUGUGGCGAGAAAGCUCUGCGGAGAGGAGACGGCCGAAGUGUACAGUCAGAAGUAGAGAUCAGAAGUACGAUCAGAAGAGACGGCCGAAGCGUACGUUCCGAAGUCGGGAGUCGCUUCGGAAGACGGAGAUUUAUGCUAAAGACUACGCCCCGCUGCUGCACGAAGGCAACAGAAAACCGAAGAAAGGAGCGUUGCAUGACCAUCAUCCUGUUCUCACCCCUGACAGGGGUUCCAGUUCUUCCUCUGCCACCAGCUCCAGCCUCUGCGGCAUCUGCGCUCCGAGGAAUCCUUGUAUUAAAAUGCUCUCUGUCGCGCACCGAUCUCUGAAAAGAGAGAGCCCUUCCCAACUCAGAGGCAACGCUGCUCGAGAGAGAAGUGUGGGUCUUGAACGAAGCAAGGUUGGGCAUCGGCCACAGGAAGAGGACCUUGCCUUGACAAGGGAUGCUUCCAUUGUGGAGAGAUCCUGGAGGUGCCAGCGAUGUGGCUUUGAGGAGUCCCAUUCGUGCACAACAGCGCAGAGGGCGUUCGCGCAGCGGAAGGCUGGUCCUACGGCUUCUGAAAUGCAAGCAGAUGCUGCCUCCCAAUGGGGCUACUCCGAUACAGUUCAUCGGAAAGGGCGCAAAGCAGCCGUUAACGUCUUCGGCCUCCACCAGAAUGCCGAGAAGUCGCUCUUGGAAGGAUUGCCGAAAUCUAGCUGUCCGUCAGCCCCGCCACCUCCCUUUGGAGUCCCUCAUCCUGGGCAGACUGAAGAUGACCAAGAAGCCGCUUACGAAUAUCCUUCGCUGCUGGAGAAUGCAACGGCCACCUCGGAAGCCAAGCGCUUGCUUCGAGGGACGGGCGCGGGCUUCCCACUUAGUGGGCACACCCCUACGAAAUUGAUUCUAAAGGAGCAGGAGGGGGCGGUGAAAGUCAUGAAGACCAUGACUGCCGUUGAUCAUGCGGUGGACGCAUUCCCCCAAGAGUGUGGGAGCGCUGGACGCUUGGCUGAAGAUCUCCUGGCUGCAGGCGUGCCUUUGGGGAUGGUCGCCUGUGACGUUGGUGAGCCUUUCGUGGAAGGCCUAGCCGAAUGGGUGAGCGUGUCUCCGGAUGUCACGCCUUUGGGUUCCGGCCACGAUGUUUCUAGCGGCCUGCCCUUGGGGUUGGAGGACAACCCGUUGCUGCUGGAGCCUCCUAUUUCUGGCCAGAGCAGCAGCAGACUUUCUUUCUCGGGCGUGGGAUACGAAGAGGUGGCAGCCAUCACGUCCAGCUGCCCUUUGGUUCAGGAAAUGUGCCAGAUCCAUUUCCCGCUGCCGGUUGAAGAGGAAAAAGCAAGCCAGCUGGAGGAGGAAGAGGAGGAGGAGAAUGCCAUGGCGGUCCUGUUUGUAGGGGAAAGGACUGUGUGCUCGACACACAGCGGGUUGUCGGAAUGUGCGGCAGAUUGAGCAUAGGGGCACUUGUUUCCCAGCCAGCCAGCCAGCUUCGGUUCAGUCUGCUCUUUGCUUUUCCCUUCUGCUUGAAUAAAUGCUUUCUGGAGGCUGAAAAGGUUUCAUUCUUGUCCCUUAACGGCACUGGGUCUUAGAAAAGCAAACCCUCUCUCCCCACUUGGCAUUCCCUUGGCUCAAACGGCGCAGCAACCCAUCCUUAAAACGAGUUGGUGACACUAACUGUAAGUAUCCUAACACAGUAGGAACUCUCAUGACGGGGCCAGAUGACUUAUUUAUGCCUUUUUUUAAAAUCCCACUUCCUGUUUUCCAUGAGUCGGGAGCCCUGGGAAACUUCAGUGAAGAGACGGGAGCCUUGGGAAAACCUCAGUAAGUGCUUCGUCAGCCUGCUGGAUUGGUUUUUGCUGCCACUGCAUGUGAGUUUAUUUAUUAAAAUUAUUUAUUAAAACAUUUUUCUACUGCCCAAAAUUUACGUCUCUGGGCGGUUUUUCUGUUAAGACAGAAAAAGGUGGAGAUUUGGUGGAAAACACAGGAAGGGAACAGUUUGGCAGUGGCGAUUUAAAGCGAUUUCCCCAAAGGAUGUUUCCAGACUCCCAGAUCUGGGAGUGACUCAGUGCUGUGGCGACGUGUGUCAUGAGGCCCUCGACUACUUCACCGGUUUCCUGGGACGUCAGCAGGGAAAACGCUAGGCAGCCUUCCUGUAAUCCAUGAACCAGCUGAGGUGGCCAGUACCAUCUGGGCAGAGGAAUGACAUAGUAGCUUUUGCCAAGAUCUGUGCCUCUAGAGAUGGAAAAGAGAUGUGCCCUUGUGGAGCAGGAGAGAUUGGGACGGUUCUCUGUGGUGUUCUCGGUCGUGCCAUUUUUCAUCAUCUAUGCAAUACAUUAAUUCUGCCCCAUUAAAGAAUCUCCCUGGCUGAACUGAUGAAUUUUAUAUUUUGGAUCUUUUAGCAUGUAAAGAUAGUAAAAAGUCAAUUUAAGUCAGUGGAGCCAAUUUCUGUAUUUGAGGCUCCAGAUCAUGUCAAGCAGUUAUAGGUUUUUUUCAAAGGAAUGUAUUCAGGAAAAUUGUUAAAUUACUUGGGCUGCUGUACCUAUUGUAGUUUUGUGAAGUGUGUAUGUGUCUAUUUUCCUUUUCCUGGUCUUAGACUGACUGAAAUAAAGAUGCUGUUGUGCAA